AUGAAAAUAUGCGAAGACAGCGACGACGCUAUGGAUACCGGAGAAGGUACCGGCGCUGACCCACCUGAAGACCCACCUGUAGACGAUGACUUAGACGACGUCUUUGAUGAUGUGUCCGAUACAGAUAAUCCACCAACAGAUGGUACAGGAGACGAUCCAGAAGACGAACCGGGAGGUCCAAUUGGACCUAUCCCGCCUUUGAUUGGUUUCCCACAAAGACCUAACACAAACACUUAUACUGCCACAAAACCUACCAAGAAGGAUGACGAGACAGUCAUGACAGAGUACGAUAUGACAGAGUUCAGUAUAGACGACAUCGAAGUUACAGAUUGGCCUGAUGUUAUACUACCGAAUCCUGACCCAACAGUCAAAGAAGCGGAUCCCAAUGUUUGGCAACGAGAUCCUUUGACACCAUCAGGUACACCAUACGAAGUGGAUAGUGACGAACCAGAUGUGAGUGACUGUCAUACGAGAUUUUCUGGCGAGGCACCCUCAGACCCGUCGAACCCCAAUCCACACCCACAAGCUAUCGAGAGACCCGAGAUCCAAGAGACUAACACACCAGUGAACAGUCAUAUCAAUGAAAUGGAUUCUAUUUUGAACCAGAUCAACGCUUAUAGAGCCACAAAAGGCUUGACACCUUGGUCAGUCGAUAUUCGGUUGACUCAACAAGCACUAGACCAAACGACAUGGGUUUCCGAUAACCCCAGGUCCAUGGACAAUAUAGUUGAUCCCAUCACUGGAAUUAUCAAACAAGGUCACCCGAUUGAGGGUUACCCCAGCGGCAUGUUGUCUGAUGAAAGAAGACUUAACUUUGAAGCAUCAGUAGAACGACCUUUGGAACUUAUGUACCUCGGAAGCAAAGCAGACAUGGUUGCCCAAUGGAUAGCUUCCGGGCUCCAUAGAGCAAUGCUAGAAUCCCCACAACACAAAUCAAUGGGAGUGUCAUACAAGACAGCUCCCCGGUUAAGAUACGGUGGCGUAGGAUUUAUGUGGAUCGCAGAAAACGACGCACAAGCACCACCACAGAAUCCUCCACCAGAACCAGAACCAGUAGUGGACAUUAAAGACACUGCUUUGGAUAUAGCUGCGAAGAAGCUGAACUCCCCCUACAAAUGUCCUGAUCAUCCAGAUUAUCCGAACGAUUUACAAGAAGAACCCGAGCUGAACCGUCCGUCAGAUUGGCAAGAGAAUUUAUCAAUUGCAGAGAUGCAAGCGAUUGACGAGCUAUUAAAGGACUCUUAUGACCCUGUUUACAGGUAUCAUACUGCAGCCGGUCCCGGAUUGUAUCCGCCUACCGCAUCCGGGAAUUCACCCUGGUUAGGCAAGAACUCAAGUGUCUGGCCGAGACCCAAUGAGUUUCCAUUCCCGAAUAUCAACACAGUCUAUACAUAUGACGCUACUGUUUGCGGAGAAUAUGCCUCUGUAUACGGAACAGAUGAUCCAGUCACAAACACUGUAUGGGAUUACCAAGAAUCAGAGCAUACACCUUACGAAGGCUUCAGGAAACCGGAGACGUCAUCUGAAAGGAAACACCGAUUAGCUAAAGAACAACAAUUUUUGGUAUUAUAUGACAACAAGUAUGGUGGUUUGAAAACCCCUCCUACACUACCUGUAUGGGUUUCCGAAAAAGGAUGGACUGUAAACGAACUGACCGAGUUGUAUGAAGACUUUGGUCGAUUAGUCUACGAAAUGGAUUACUCCUUUGACAUGAACGAAGUGAAAGAUCCAUACGGCAAUCCCUUUGGUACACCACAAGAGUUUAUUGCUUUCAACUAUUGGUUGUACCACCGACAAUCCACACCUGUGAGUGAGCAACCACCAAAUCGCGGGGAUAUUCCCGGGGAGCGCAUUAAUUUUAUGGAGAGUACAUCGCCACAUUGGCAAGUUGUUCCCGACUUUGCUGAAACUGACGCGGACUUCCCAUUUCCGCCAGCGCGGUAA